AUGACGGAUUGUUUCACAGUUUUGUCAUGUGAAAACAGGUUUAAUAUAGUCACAAUUUGUCUUAACAAGGAAUUAUCAAACUUUACCUCAUGGUCGAUUCAAGCAUUUGUUUUCGAGGUUGAAGAUAGAGAGAGGAUUAGUGGUUCGGCUUAUGGGGGUCAACAGGACAUCUGUUGCACCAAUGAUCUUCCUAAACUCACUGUGUGCAAUGAUGGACAGGGCUGUCACCGGCCUUCUCCCAUGAAUUCAAAUUGGCCUGAAGUUUAUGGUGUGGCUUUUUAUCAUGCCCAAGAAAUAAACACAAAUGCAAAUGUCUCAUUGCAAUGUUUGGAGGAACUGUUUUUGGAAGAGGAACGAGAUUUUGAUGAACAUGAGGAUAGUCAAAGGGAUGAGACUCUUAUUCACCCGAAGUUCUAA